UUUGACUUCAGCAAUAUUGGUUUAGAUUUCAAUUGUCGAUUGUAUUCUUUUUGUGUUUUGCGAUACAUAAUUAUUUCACAUGCAAUUUGAUGGAACUUCAUUUGAAUCAGUGUAAUUGAAUAACUUAUGACUCAAUCAGUCUUCACCAUCAAGGAAUGUGAAUAAGUAUCUUGGAUUUAAGUACAAUGAGUAUUCUCAAUGCUACAUACCAUACAUCACUGGAGAGCACUGAUGAAUGCCAUAAAGAAGUUAAACCUGUCGUGGUGUGAAAGUAAAUGGUUGUUCAGAAAGCAUAGUUUCAACAAAGCCACAAACAAGCAAUGGGCAUGCCUUCAAAACUCUGUACGGCUUUAUGUAAGAAGAAAAUAUCCCAUAAACCCAGAGGAAGCAGAGAAAUUACCCGUCUUCCAGUAUGCAAGCAGCACCCAACCAAAGUGGCGGGUCUAUGUUUGGGGCGUGGCAGAACAUGGAGCUCUUGGCGUUAACCUUCAGUUGAAGAAAAGCAGAGAGCCAAUUAGCUAUCUUCAAAAGCCUGUCAGAACACAUUUUGCAGAACAACAUAAGAUAGUUGAUAUUGCCUGUGGAUAUGGGUUUACAGCACUUGCUGCUGAUACCAGAGAGAAUGCUAAAGUUUUUGGAUUUGGCAUCAAUACAGAUUCUCAAAUAGGUUAUCAUGCACCACGAAAAAAUCAUCCACUACAGCUUAUACUGACACCAGCUCCAAUUGAACUACCCCUGGCAGACAUACCUAACACAAGAGUAAUAAAUGUAGCUGCAGGACGAGCUCACCUUCUUGUGCUUACUGACAAAGAAGGUGUUUUCACAUUAGGCAACAAUGCAUAUGGCCAGUGUGGCAGGCAGAUUGUGGAGGAAGAAAAGUAUUCUGGAAGCCCCAUUAUUUAUAACAUCCCACACUUAAAUGGAACCAAAAUCAAGAGCAUUGAAUGCGGUCAGGACCACAGUUUGUUUGUCAACGAGAAUGGAGAGGUGUAUGCAUGUGGGUGUGGAGCUGAUGGACAGACUGGUCUGGGUCACUUCAUUUCUGAGUGGCAGCCAUGCAGAGUGUUGGGUGAUAUUGAGGGAGAGAACAUUGUCAAGGUUUCUAGCACUGCCGACUGUGUUCUUGCUAUCAAUGAUAAGGGUGAAGUGUUUGGUUGGGGCAACUCAGAAUACAGCCAGCUACUUCAUGAGGAAAUACAGCAGAUAAAUACAGCCAGAUACUUGAAAAAAUGCCAGGGUCUUGGCAAAAUUAUUGAUGUAGCAGCAGGAGGAUCUUUCUGCAUUGCAGUGAAUGAUAAUGGAGAUGUGUUUGUAUGGGGAUAUGGGAUCCUGGGAAAAGGCCCCAUAGUUAAUCAUGCCAAAGAACCUACACAGAUACCAACUACGCUGUUUGGUCGGAAUGAAUUCCAACCUGACUUGCAGAUUAUUGCUGUGAGUGCAGGCAUUGGCCAUUUUGCUGCUGUCAGCAAUAAUGGUGACCUCUACAUGUGGGGUCACAACAGAAGAGGGUGUUUGGGACUUGGAAAUGUAAAAGACCAAUUCUUCCCUUUGAAGGUUGCAGUUGGAGCUAUGGUGAAGAAAGUAAGUUGUGGUGUGGAUCACUCUGUAGCACUUUGUCUGCCAUUUAUCUAAAGUUUACUAGAAUGAAUUUUAUGUAAACAGUUAUCACAGUGAACACUUCAAAAAUAUCCAAUUAUAAUUAAUAAUUAUUAAUCUCUAUCAGAACACAGAAAAUCCUGUUAGGGUAGCUAUUGAUGGUGAUCAUAGCAAUGCUAAAUAUCCCUACUUUAGUUUCAAGAGUUGUUUCCAUCGUACAGCAAAUGGAUGCAUAGAUAAAUGUGAUGUUACAAAGUUAUGAUUGCUGAUGCACAUAUUGAAUAUAGAGCAGAAAUUUUGUUGUAGGUUGCUUCAUAUUGUGAUAAAUCUCCUUUAAAUAGACAAAUAAAACAUGUUCUGUAUUGCAAGCCCAAA